GGCCGCGGCGGCCGUGGGGGCCGGGCUGUGAGCGGGCAGCGGGCGGCUGCUGACCGCCAUGUGAGCGCGGGGCCGCUCCUCGUCAUUCCUAUAAACAGCAGGGGAAGCUGUAGCUAAAGAUGGGACUGGUGAAAGACUGAUGCUGAAAGGAAAUUCGCCAGUAAGGGUGACUCUUCCUAAGAAAAGAAGCCUCUUAAGAAAGAGGAGGAUGUGCAGAGUUGGAGAGUAGUUAAUUCACAGCUGGAAGCAGAGCCAGUGGCUGCAAGGAAUUGGAGGCUGGGAAUUCCAUAAAGCUUGGCUGCUGCUUUGAAUACAGAGGUGCAAAAUGCUUAGCUGCUCCUCUGGGAGCCCAAGACAAAGCUGAAUCUCUCACCUGCGCUGAUUUUCACAAGCACCUGCUUUCACCCAGCUCAGCAGGGCUGUGAAACCUCACGGAGCAAUACCUGUUCACUCUGAAUGGAGGCUGGCAAGACUGCUCAGUGGGGUAGGAGAGCCCUGUCCCUUGUCGCCCUCAGGUCCCGCGGAUGCGCCGGACGCUCUGUGCCAGCCUGCUGCCCGCCCUGCUUCGAGCCCGCCCUGCUCCGUGCCCUGCCGCUGUAGGUGCUGCCUGCCCUCCCUGCCUCUGCCGCCCUGCAGGGGCUCCCAUGUCCCGCCAUGGACGAUGACAGCCAGGAUGAGCUGAUCAACAGGAAUGCUGCCCUGGGAAAGGGCAAGAGGCCGUGUCUGGCGCUCCUCAGCGAAACAGAAAGCAAUGGUGGAAAUAGCUGGGAUUCAGAAGAUGAUACUGGUAGUGAAGAGGAAGAUAAUGACACUGAGGAAGAGGGAGGUGGGGAGGACAAGGAAGAAAGUGAAGAUGAAGAAACAGAAGAUUGUGAAGAUGAUGAGGAGGAGGGAGAAGAGGAGGAAGAAAGUGAGGCCACUAUGGAAGGAAUGACUGAUUCUGUGAAAUCAGAGCCACACUUGAACGGAGUGAGCAUCUCCUCCGAUGAGGAUGGUGAAAACUGCCCCAUUUGCCUCAACACGUUUAGGGAUCAGGCUGUUGGGACUCCUGAGAACUGCUCCCAUUACUUCUGCUUGGACUGCAUCGUGGAGUGGUCUAAGAAUGCAAACUCCUGUCCAGUGGAUCGAAUCCUCUUUAAUUACAUUAACAUUCGAGCACGUUUUGGUGGUAAAAUCUUGAAAAAGAUUCCUGUUGAGAACACGAAAACUCAGGGCACUGAUGGGGAGGAUGAUCCAACCUUCUGUGAGGUGUGUGGCAGAAGUGACCGCGAGGAUCGCCUGCUGCUCUGUGAUGGCUGCGAUGCAGGGUAUCACAUGGAAUGCCUUAAUCCUCCUCUGAGUGAAGUCCCUGUAGAUGAAUGGUUCUGCCCAGCCUGUGCCCCCAUGGGUGCCAAUGGUGCUGCAGAUGCAGAUCAUGUCAGUGAGGAGGAGGUGGCUGCCCUCAUGGCCGACGUUGUCCCCACCACCAGCAGGCUGCGCCCCCACGUGCGGACCCGGGCCAUAGCCAGGACUCGGCAGAGCGAGCGCGUCCGCGCCACGGUGAACAGGAACCGCAUCACCACAGCACAGCAGAUCCGGCACGUGCCAGGGUACCUGAUGUCCUCCCUUCUGGAUGAAACAAUCGAGGCAGUCGUAGCAGGCCUGAACACAGCCGUCUACCAGCGUCCUCUGGCACCACGCGCUCCUACCAGGCAGAAGAGGAAAACUGGAAGGCGGAAGAAAGUAGGAGGCAAAAAAAGAACUCAGAAGAAAUCUGCUGCUGGGAAGAAGAGUUCAGGGGCACAGCUGAAGAGACGCAAGCGUCUGACAAAGAAGAGAAGGGGGAAAAAGACGAGAGUAAGAUCACAUGGAAAAAAUGAGGUUACUACUCGCUCCCGUAUUGCAAGAACCCUUGGUCUCAGCAAGCCUGUGCGUGGGGCCUCACUUCCUUCCAUGUACAAACCAACAGAGCCCUCACUUGGGCUGAUGAGAGCAGAUAUUGGUGCAGCUUCUCUCUCUGUGUUUGGAGAUCCAUAUGAGUUGGAUCCUUAUGAAAGUAAUGAAGAGGUUCCAGCAAAUCCAGAUUCACCAGUGAGUGCCAAAAGGAGAGUUCUCUCCCAGUCAGCACUGAGGUCUCACCGUCCUGUAGCUAGACCCGUUUCUGUGGGACUUCCCAGAAGCAGUGUGCCUGCCUUGAGUCCUGAUCAAGAAGCAGAAGCUGCUCCUGUGCCUGAUCUGUUGGGAAGUAUCCUGUCUGGACAGAGCCUUCUCAUGAUGAGCAGUUCAGAUGUGGUCAUCAACAGAGAUGGGUCACUGACAGCAAAGAGGGAAGCUCCAUUUCACAGAAAAUCAGCCAGUGACGCGAGAGUGGAGGAUGGUUCAGGGCAUAGCACCCACCCGAGUGCAGCGCUCUCAGGGACCACAGCAAGCAGCUCCAUGGCCAGACCUUCCGUUUCAUCGGGACUGGGUGCUCGCUCCAGACCUUUGUUCUCAUCGCCUCCACCCUCACUGAGCAGGAGCGAUUCUGCAGCAAGCCCUGCACAGACUGCACCGGAAAAAACAACUGUAAAAUCAGAAUAUUCAAUGACACCCAGGUCUGUCCAGACUCAGAAUACAGCGACUUUGAGCAGGCAUGGCUCAAAGUUAGGUGAAAUACCCAGAUUUAAUGGAAAAUCUAAAGACUUUGUACCCACUGAUGCAUCUUCAAAGCCCCUGAGCUGUAACUUGAAUUCUGGCUCAAAAGCUAUAACUGUGAGGCAGCCAGUAAAACCACCUUCUCAGAGAAUUGACAUCUUUGAGCUUCCCAGGAUACCAAAGAUUAAAAAAGAAACCAGCAGCAAGCAGGUGGAGCUGGAACCUGCAGGAAGCCAAAGCUGUAAUAUCCCUAGCUCCUGCAUAACCCAGCUGACUGGCAAGGACAGCACUAAUCAGCCAGGAAAAGGUAGCAGGGUGGAAAGUCAGAAGUCAAAUUCCAAGGAACCACAGCAACAGACCCGUCCAAGCGGGGUGUCUUUUUCCACCCAUCCCGGCGGCUCUAGCAGUUCAUCACUGCUGGGCACUUCAAGGGGCAAGGGCCCUUUUGAGAGUUUUAAAAUCAAUAUUCCUGGGAACACAGGACAUCCCAGCAGGCUGUCUAACCCAGGAUUUUGUAAUACCUUCCGCCCUGUGGACGAUGAAGUGCAGCAGAAGGAGAGUCCUUCACCGCUUUUCUCAGUAAAGAAAAAGCAGGUCAAAAGUGAAAUCUAUGAUCCCUUUGAGCCAACAGGAUCGGACUCGAGUUCAGCAAACAGCAGUCCUGAAAGGCUUGGCUCAGGGAUCCCACUAACUAAUAUCACCAGGACUAUUUCCAUUGAAAAUCCCAAAGUUCAAACAUUUCAAACUGUCCGUCGUUUCACCCCUUACAGGGUAGAAAACAUAUUUGGAUCUGGGACUGACUCUGACGUGCCAUCCAGUAACACAGAGUCUCGUGAUGACGUGACAGUAGCAAGCAGGAUUGUAGAACAGAUCUCUGAUACAGAAGAACGAGACAAUGUGGAUGAGGAAGAUGUCCUAAGCAGUCCUUGCACUUCAUCUGCUGUUAAGGAAAUUUCUAAUACCAAGUGUUUAAAGGAGGAAAGCAGAGAAGGACCUAAUGUGUUCUUUAAUGCUGAGGAAUUGAUUAGACCUAAUAUUAAUGUGAAAAUAGAACCAGAUAGUCCCUCAAAGAGUGAUGAGCAGCAGAAAGUCCAAAAGGUAGAACAAGCAGAGAGGCGAUCACGUUCUAGAUCGUGUUCAAACUCCAGCUCCCGAAGCAAGAAGAAGAUGAAAAGGAAAAAAGCACUUGUCAAAGAGCGUAAGAGAUCACGUUCAGAGUCAAGAGAUAGAGCACACUCAAGGGACCGAAGCUCCAGAUCUACCUCUUGGUCAGGUGGGGAAGAGCACAGCAAAACGCACACGUUAAAAUCCAAGAGCAGAAGGUCUUCUACUGACCGAUCUAGCAGUCACGAACGAUCUAAAAAAAAGAAAACAAAGGAUAAAACCAAGGAUAAAAAGGCAAAAACUUCUUGGUCUAGGGACAGAAGGAAAUCUAGGUCACGUUCAGGUAGUCCUGGAAGUACUUCUGAUUUUCAUGAAAAUAGGAAAAAGAAAAGACGGUCUCGCUCGAGAUCAAGGCGGAGGGACCGCUCCCGGUCGAACAGCGCUGAGAGGACUAAAAGGCGGAAGCACAGGAGGGACAAAAGCUACGAGGGGCAUGAUAAAGAAAGUUUGAAGUCAAGGGAUAGAAAGAGAUCAAGAUCCAGAUCUCGGGAGAGGAGAAAAUGGAGAUCUCGGUCUCGGUCUGCAUCUCGAUCUUGGGAACACAAAAGCAGCAAAUCAAAGGAAAAAAGAGUGCGAUCCCGAUCACGUUCCAAAGAAAGGAAACACAGAUCAAAAGAGACCUUGCUUCCUUCUGCACCAGAAAAGGAUCAAAAGCUUCCAUCUGAAAAUGUGACCAGGUGUCUGGAGCAACCCCAUUCUCUGAAACAAGAGCCGAAAGAGGAGCUAGUACUAGAAGGGCUUUCCAUAACCAUCCAACCAAAUGUCAAACUUGAGGAAAUAGAGACUGAGACCCCAGUUCAGCUGAGAGAGGUCCAAGAAACUAUAAAGGUAGAGCCCAUCUGUCAGGAGGUGAGCAGUGAAACUGCAUUCCCUGCGCCAGAGAUCACAAACAGUUGUGUCCCAAUUGGCGAUGUGGAUUCUUUUGCUGAAACAGACUUAAUGAACAGUACUGGUGCAGCAGUGCUCGGUAGCUGUAGCAAUACUAACCUAGAGAUUACAGUUAAAAUAGAAAAUACUGCAUUAUGUCCAUCUCUGAUGGAGCAACCCCCAAAGAAGGAAGUUAUCAUGCACGUUCCAGCUGAGGCUGCACCGAUUCAAAGCUCAUCCAAAAGCAAAGUCGCAGAUUGUGUGAGGGAGGUUAAGGAGGAGUGCCUUGUCCAAUCAAAUGAAAAUACAAGUAGUUUCACUAAGCCUGAACUGGAAGUGGUACCUCAGGGUCCUGCCUUGAAAUCAAAAGCACCAGUGAAAAGAGUUACCUGGAAUCUUCAAGAGGAGGAAGGUGGCACGUUGUCUGCUGGAAAAACACCAAGGAUACCGUUUUACAAACUGCAGCGAGCAAAAGAAGGGGCCUGGAAAGCAGAGGACUUGAACCAAACAUUAAAUCAGGUGUACUGUCAGAACGUCCCUCUGGCGCCAGCUCUGCCCUCCAGCCUGCCCCCCUACGCCCCGGUGAGCCAGCCCACCGUGCAGUUCAUCAUGCAGGGCAGUCUUCCAGCUCUGGGCUGCGUGGCAGGACAGAGCCUCACCCCAGAGCCGGGCAGCCUGGCUACGGCAUCUGAGCCAGGCAUCCAGGCUGCUUCUGUUGGAAGUGCGGAGGAAAAGAUCAAAGCACCCAAACCUCCAGUGGAUAAAACAAAAAACGAGGAAUACAUGAAGAAACUUCACAUGCAAGAAAGGGCUGUGGAAGAAGUGAAACUUGCCAUCAAACCUUUUUACCAGAAGAGGGAGAUUACAAAGGAGGAGUACAAGAGCAUCCUUCGGAAAGCAGUGCAAAAGAUCUGCCACAGCAAAAGUGGAGAGAUCAACCCUAUGAAGGUGGCUAACCUGGUGAAGGCAUAUGUGGAAAAAUACAAACAUAUGAGGAAACAUAAGAAAACUGAUGGUGAAGACACACGUGAAGUGGAAAACUGAGAGCAAGCCACAGCCAGCAUGACUUGGGCUGAACUUCUCCUAGCUGUGGACACUAUGGGAAUAACAGACCUGCAGUUGCAUCCCACUGUAAGCAGAGUGCAGAGAAACAAGAUGAUCAUAGACUUUAUCUAUGGAACCUUCUCUUGAAUUGUUUCCAUAUGGGAAUGAAUUCAGGAUUUUUUUGGAUUACCUACAGCUGUAGAACUAAGUAACAAUCAAAUGCCUCAGACCAGCAGAGUAAUUCGAGGGGAAACACAGAAGAGAUUCAUGUUUGGAGCUCCCGGAUUGCUGCAGUUUUCAGGGUUACUUUGAUCACAUUUUUGGGCUGUGCACUUGUCUUGCUAAAGUUUGAAACUGGACACCACUUUUCAUACAGUAUAUUGAGAGCUGUAUACUGUUUCCCUUGUGUUUAUUUAUCGAAAUAUGGAUUGUCUUUAGAAAUUUCUGAUUUAAUACUUGAAAUGUUGUAUUUUUAGCCCGUUGGAUGGUGAGCGAAGCUUUACUCGCUCUGGCAUUUGGGGAUUGCAGAAAUGAGCUAACCUUUAUAAACUGACUUCAGAAA